AAUAGACGCCAGAAAAUUGUAUAGGAAACGGAAUUUUGGCGAACCCUUGCUGUUGGAACUUGGAACUUGGAACUUGGAACUACGAACUCCUUAGAAGGGAACUACGCCCAGCUGUGACAGUAAAGAGAACAGAGAAGAAAAUGAAAUCUUUGUUGUGAGAUGGACAUACUGCGGAGCUAAAAUUUUUCUUUUUGGGUCACUUUAAUUGGAUGCGUUGGUGGUAAUCGGAGAACAAUGGCUUCUUUGUUUAAGGAUGCCAACAAGCUUUCAGUAUACCGGGAUAGAAGAUUUCCAGGUUCACAAGAAGAAUUUGAACAUGCACUACAAACCUCAACGACUGUUUAUAUUGGGAAUAUGUCCUUCUACACUACUGAAGAGCAAGUUUAUGAACUAUUCUCUCGUGCUGGGGAGAUUAAGAAAAUCAUUAUGGGUUUGGAUAAGAACACUAAAACCCCAUGUGGAUUUUGCUUUGUCCUAUAUUAUUCUAGAGGUGAUACUGAGGAUGCCGUUAAAUACAUAAGUGGGACGAUUCUUGAUGAUCGUCCUAUUCGUGUGGAUUUUGAUUGGGGGUUCCAAGAAGGCAGGCAAUGGGGCCGUGGUCGAAGUGGUGGGCAGGUGCGGGAUGAGUAUCGUACUGACUAUGAUCCAGGUAGAGGUGGUUAUGGAAAAUUGGUUCAGAGAGAGCUGGAAGCACAGAGGCAGCUUGUAGAUUAUGGCACAGGGUCUUUGGGCUCUUUCCCUCCAGUUAUGCCAUCUCAUAGUAAGUUUUGGAAGCAACCAAUUCUUUAG